AACCCUCAAAGAGACAGCGGUGCAGGGAGUCCUCCAAAGGAGGAAGAGGAAGUGAGGGUGCCGCUUCCGGAAGGGAGCCAGUUGCCUGGAGACAGAGACAGAGGCCCCAUGAAUAUUGCCACUCCUAAUUUCUGGAUAAAAACUGGCAAGAGAAGGAAGAAUUUCUUCAUUCACUCUGGAGACAGCCUAAGAAGAACAGAACCAAGAUGGAAAGGCAGGAGUCAACAGUUUUGUGGUUAGGAAAAUCUUCUUGCACCUUCCAGGCGGAAAGCAGUGGAGCCUUCUGGGAGAAGCCUAGGAAGAAGAGCCUGGAAAGCAAUCUGCUCCAUUCAGAUGUUCAGAGACAGUAUUUUAGACAAUUCUGCUACGAGGAGGCCCAGGGGCCCCGAGAGGUUUGCAGCCGCCUCCACUCUCUCUGCCGCCUGUGGCUGAAGCCAGAGAAGCACUCCAAAGCCCAGAUGCUGGACCUGGUGAUCCUGGAGCAGUUCCUGGCCGUCCUUCCUCCGGAGAUGGAGCAUUGGGUCCGGGAAUGUGGGGCAAAGACCAGUUCCCAGGCUGUGGCUUUGGCUGAAGGGUUCCUCCUGAGUCAGGCAGAAGAGGAGAGGAAGCAGAAGAAGCAUCAGGAGCAGGACUCUUUUGUACUUGAGACCGGAGAAGUGGAAAAGUCUUCCUCCCUAAUGAAAUGGCUUGUUCAGGAUGGGAACAGAAUAUCCAUCACAACUGGAGAUGACACGUGGCCUACACAUACUAAUCCAUUUCUUCAUUCAGAUGCACCCACAAGAGCUGCAAGACUGGUGACCUUUGAAGAGGUGGCUGUGUAUUUCACAGAGGAGGAGUGGGACCUCCUGGAUCCUGAGCAGAGAGACCUUCAUAGGGAAGUGAUGGAGGAGAGUAUGGAGGUUCUGUCCUUUCUUGAAACUCACAAAGAUGAGAGGCCAUUUAAAUGUUUGGACUGUACCAAGAGCUUCCUUCGUAAGGAACACCUCACUCGCCAUCAAGCGACACACGUAGUGGAGAAACCGUUCCAAUGUUUGGAGUGUGGGAAAUGUUUCAGUCAGAAGACCCGGCUUACUCGUCACCAAGGGACUCACACCGGGGAGAAACCAUUUAAAUGCUUGGAGUGUGGGAAAGGCUUUGUUUGGAAGAGGAGCCUCAUUUGUCACCAAGCAGCUCACACAGGGAAAAAACCAUUUACAUGUGCAGAGUGUGGAAAGAGCUUCAUUCAGAAGAUACAUCUGACAUAUCAUCUAGGAACUCACGCCAAAGAGAAACCGUUUAAAUGUUUGGAGUGUGGAAAGAGUUUCAGUUGGAAGGGAAGCCUCACUUUCCAUGAGACAACUCACACUGGAGAGAAACCCUUUAGAUGCCUGGAGUGUGGAAAGAGCUUUAGUCAGAAGAUCUACCUCACGGCCCAUCAGUCAACUCACACCGGAGAGAAAUCGUAUAAAUGCUCAGAGUGCGGAAAGAGCUUCAGUCGGAAGAUGAACCUUACUUAUCAUCUAGCCUCUCACACUGGGGAGAAACCAUUUAAAUGCCUGGAGUGUGGAAAGAGUUUCUGUCGGAAGACACACUUUGUUUAUCACCAAGCGAUUCACACCGGAGAGAAACCGUUCAAAUGCUUGGAGUGUGGAAAGAGCUUCAGUCGGAAAACACACCUCACUCGCCAUCAGGCCAUUCACACAAGGGAGAAACCAUUCAAAUGCCUGGAGUGUGGAAAGUGUUUCAGCCGGAAGAUACACCUCGCUGGUCAUUACAAAACCCACGUUGGGGAGAAGUCAUUCAAAUGCUCGGAGUGCGGGAGAGGCUUCUGGCAGAAGCAGCAUCUUAUAGAUCAUGAAGCGACCCACAGAGGUGAGAAACCCUUUAAAUGCUUGGAGUGUGAAAAGAGCUUCACUUGGAAGAAGAGCCUCACUCACCAUCAAAUGACACACACCGGGGAGAGAUCAUAUAAAUGUCUUGAGUGUGGAAAGAGCUUCUUCCAGAAGACGCGGCUCACUACUCAUCAAGCCAUUCACAUGAGAAAGAAACAGUUUGAAUGCUUGGAGUGUGGAAAGUGUUUCACCUGGAAGAAAAACUACAUUCACCAUCAAGCAACUCAUAUGGGAGAGAAACCAUUUAAAUGCCUGGAGUGUGGAAAAUGCUUCAGCUUCAAGAGAUACCUCACUCGUCAUCAAGUAACUCAUGCAAAGAAAAAAACAUUUCAGUUAAUGGAGUAUGCAAAGAACUGUCCGCAGAUUUAUCUCACUUCUGAUCAGGUGAUUCAUGUAGGUGAGCAAUCUUUUAAAUCCUCAGUGGAAGAAGAACUAUACUAAAACGAGUUCCCUUUCAGACCCAGUCAAAAAAGCAUUUAGUUAUUGGAAUGGCUAAACUCCCUUUCUGAAAAUAUUCACAGGUUUAUUUUGGUGGAAUACAAAAGAAAGUGUAAUUUUGGUAAUGCUGAGGAUGAAAGAAUAUUACAUGUUUUCCUUACCAGUCUGUGCACAAUAGUUACCAAACAAUAUUUAUUGCCAUGCCUAUAAUAACAGGCAUGGGCAAACUUCGGCCCUCCAGGUGUUUUGGACUUCAAAUCCCACAAUUCCUAACAACCUACCCACUGGGUUGUGGUGUGUUUUCCGGGCUGUAUGGCCGUAUUCCAGAAGUAUUCUCUUCUGAUGUUUCGCCCACAUCUAUGGCAGGCAUCCUCAGAGGUUGUGAGGUAUAUCAUCCUCAGAAGUUGUGAGGUGUACACCUCACAACCUCUGAGAAUGCCUGCCAUAGAUGUGGGCGAAACGUUAGGAGAGAAUACUUCUGGAACAUGACCAGACAGCCUGGAAAACACACAACAACCCUGUGAUUCCGGCCAUGAAAGCCUUCGACAGCCCACCAGCUGUUAGGAAUUGUGGGAGUUGAAGUCCAAAACACCUGUAGGGCCAAAAGUUUGCCCAUGCCUGUUAUAAGAUGUAAACAGCUAAAAUAGUAAUGCCCAAAAUUGUUAUAUACUAGAAAUAAUACACUUUGUGUUGUUUUUGUGAAAGAGUCAAGUUGUCAUUUUAUCUAGUGUAGCCUGAACAAUGUGUGUGUGUAAAUGUCUGACCCUUAUUUACAUGUUGUGAUCUUAAUGCAAUCUUUUUGCAAUGACUAUGUGCUCAAAUUAAGAGAACGAAGCUAAUCAUUAACAAAUACCAUAACUAUUUGAGAUGAUUGAUCCUUCUGUUAAGAUCCCAACAUAAUGGGGCAGAUAUAUUGCAGUCCAUUUCUGGUUCCUCAGCAUGAAAGUUGAUGUUGAAAAUGAAUUAGAUAUUGUUCUUGCUUCAAAAUUAGACAACGCAUAUCAUUCUCAUAUACGCUAGUUAAUCACCAGCUGCAUUAAAUCUCACUAAUCGAAAGGUUGGUAGUUCAAAGCCCGGGUCGGGGUGAGUGCCCAACCUUCAGCCCGGCUCACUGCCCACCUAAGCAGUGAGUAGAUAAAUUAGGUACUGCUUAAGUGGUGAGGUAUUUUAUGGCACCAUAAAGGAAAUACCAGAAAUUCCCAGCGAUCAAAGAAAGGAAGUCUGUAAUCGUGGGCUCUUUGACAUGGAAGAUGGAGUGACAGCACCCUCCUGUGGCCGGAAUCAAGCAUAACUUCCAGGACGCCGAAGAAGGGAAAUGCCUAUAAAUACGUCUAUCUGUUGUCUGUCUUGUCUGUAUAACGGCAUUGAAUAUUUGCCAUAUAUGUGUUCUGUGAUCUGCCCUGAGACCCAUUUGAGGUGAGAAGGGCAGAAUAUAAAUGCUGAAAAUAAAUAAAUAAAAUAGUA